UAUAUACACAUGACGGUCUUCUCAGGUUUGCCGACUGCCUCUCCUAGAUUGACACAUCACCCACCUAUCUCGGGUAUGGAACGCAGCCAUACCACCAGUGCCGACUUGCUUCAGAUAUUAGGGCCUUAUGCCGGAUGAACAAGGCAUAGGAUACCUACGCACCUGCUAAAUGGCGUCACAGUUUCUAUGCACAUAAACAAAGUACACCUGAGGACUUCGUAUUAGGGUCUUGUGUCGACAGGUGCCGCCAGCUGACGCUGGCUGACGCCGGCUGCGGGCGAAUCCCCCUAGCUAAUAAGAGCUUCAGGCGGGUUGCGUUGGGUAAUUACAUAGGUGGGGUAUCUCAGUAUCUCUUAUCUCCGAUCUUAUCUUUUCCCAAGAACGAAUCCAUCGGCAAAUUGCCAAAACCCGCGCGACACCAUACCCUAUAUACAGCUAGGAACCACGGCCGCCACGGUUCGUCUCGGCUCUGAGCCAAUUGGCCAGCUUCCGCGCAAUGCUCGGGGGCCGUAUCGUCGUUGACGGCCUCUGGCGAUGCUUACGCCCUUCUAUAGAUAUUACUGCCUUCCCCAGGCUCAUUGGUCCCCUCCCCCCUCCUCGGCAGCGAUCGAGUCCUCCCCCGACCACCAAUGCCCGUAUCACGGAGCGGCAGGGCCGACGAGGAAUCCGUCGAGUUGCCGUCACGACAAAAGCAGACCUGGAGCGCGACGCGUUCGAGAAAUCGCGCAUCGAAUACCUCAAGAGGUUAGCGAAACGCAGCCCUUGGGUCCCCGGCGCCCUAUUCCGAGGGGUGGACGCUUUCGCUACGAAGCUCGACAGGAUCCCGACGCCGACAAUCUAUAGCGCCCUCAAGGAGCUCACGAGAAGCGAAGACACCUAUUUCUCUGUCGUGAAGCUGGUCGAAUACUUAAUUCAGGAGAGGGGAGAGAGGCCAAAUGCUAUACUGUACGAGAGUCUCAUACGGGCGAACGUGGAUAAAAAUUACGGUUCUGCAGAGGCCGCCGGCGAACUGCUCAAGGAGAUGGAUAAGUUGAAGAUACCUACCACGCCUCAAAUUUAUCAGGCGGUCCUAGAUGUCACAGCCGUCCAUCCCGAUUAUGUCCUUCGAAAUACGGCACUAUUCGAGAUGAAGAACCGGUGGUAUACGCCAACAUCGGAUGGACACAUCAGCAUUGUUCUAGGGUUAUUAAGAGACAACCAAUACGAGCUUGCACUCGAGAAGCUUGAGGAAUUGCACAAGGAUCCGGCUGCAGUCCCACCUUGGCUCUACGACAUAUUUCUCUAUACGUUUGGAGACCUGGGUUUCCAUGAGGAGGCAUUCCUAAUUCUAAAACACAGGUUUAGGAUGACAAGCAUUUUAGUCGAGCCGAUAUCUCUAAAUAUGUGGCAAUUUCUGCUUGACGUCUUCUGUAGGGACUUUUUCUACGAUGGAGUUAGAUACAUAUGGGAUCGCGCCGUUGCGCCUGGAUACAUAAACCCACCGGAUGGAGUCGUCAUAAAUGCUCUAUACACGGCUUCAAGAAACUCGGACUCGGCAUUGGCGAUUAACGCACUUCGGACGCUCUCGAAUCGGGGUAGAAAACUCGAGCUACAACAUUACGAAGCCUUAAUAGAGAUCCACGUACAGAAGAAGCAGCUCCGUAAAGCGUUUACGACCCUCUGCAUCAUGGCGAAGGCAGGCCUACGCCCUGAUCUAUCAAGCACGCGUUCCAUCUUUCGGACGCUCCGCAAAUCCGCGGAGGACGCCAAAUUCGCCCUCCAGUUCUUGAAUGACCUCAGGUAUCUCUACGACGUACCCACUGCUGCGUUCAACGUUGUCCUGGAGGCUACCGCAAUCCACCGGGGGUUUAGGAUGGCUCUAGAUCUAUAUAGAGGUGUGCGCCGAGUCUGCUCGGACGGGCCGGAUAUCGAGACGUAUCAUAUUCUCCUCGCUCGAUGCACGCAAAGCAAGUUCUCAACUUUCAUAAUUGAGGAAAUGAAGGUCAUAGGCAUCGAACCCACGAGAACCACCUACGACCUCAUAAUUCGGUUUCAUAGCACACAGGACAACUACGAGCAGGCGUUCUAUUUCCUCAAGAUUAUGAGCUCUGAAGAAACGGCGGGUGUGCCGAAUAACUGGUGGAUAAGCCGGGAGACGGCUCUAAGAUUUAUCAAGAAGUGCAUUAGCGAAGAGGACAUCAGGGUCCAGAGGCUCAUCGAGGAAUGUCGCAAGCGAGGAAUGGAUGUCGACGCAGAGGUUAGGCAAUUCCUCCAAGCUGCUCGAGAAAAGAAGAGGGCCGCCAGUUCGGAGGCCGCUGCGGGAUAAGCCGUGCCAGGGGCCACCGGGAAUCGAGGGAAGCUAGCUCGACGUCAUGAUAUUAACCACUAGAGAACGUCGCCUCUUCCUGCGCCAACUUACCGCUAAUCAUCAAACCUUGCUAUACAACAACGUGUAUCAAUUAAUGUGCAUCAACCAGCAAAGCCUUACGUCUUCGCAUACGAUCUAUUUUACGGUCUUACGAACUACCUAGCACUAGGCGCUCAGUAGCAUUGUAUCUACUAAUCUACACAACUCCUUCUCACGGCGAAGCCGCAGACUGGCCUAACUAAUCCCCUGUACCUUACCUUGACUUGGUGGUGCAAGUGACCUAGUAGUAUUAG